CGGGCCUUACGCGGCGGCAGCCACCCCAAGACUAGACGUGUGCCCUGUGGUUCGAAAGCAAACACGAGACGUGGACAGGGAUUUUGUGGAAACCGUGUUAAUAAUGGCGUCUACAGCAGGGAGAAAUACCUUGACUGUCGUUCGUGAUUUCAUGAAGCGUGUUUCCAAUACGAAGCGAUUUGAUCGGCUGAUGGGACAGGUUGUUGUCGUGGCCGCCGAGCCCGGCCAGCUGAAGGCCCAGUUCACGGUGGCCGAGGAGCACCUGAACGCGGGCGGCACGCUGCACGGCGGCUACACGGCCUACUUGGUGGACGUGCUAUCAACAGCCGCGCUCAUGACCGUGCCGCCGAACCUGGCCGGCGUGUCGGUCGACCUGAGUGUCGCGUACAUGAAGGCCGCCAAGGCAGGAGACGUCGUCACCGUGGACGCGCUCACGCUCAAGGUGGGACGUCAGUUAGGCUUCAGCAGCGUCGACCUCAGGAACGACGCCGGCCAGCUGCUCGCGCAGGGCAAGCACACUAAGUUCCUGAUUUAGUGGCCUCUGGCGGCCGCUGGCUCCACUUGACCGGCGGGGGCACCGGGGCACCGUGUGGGCGCGGACCUGGGCCGGGCAUUGUCGGCCGGCGGGCUC